AUGGAUCGUCGAAACGAAACGCUGUCAGCAUUACUGCUGGACUACGAAGCUAGCCUCAAAGCAAGGCUAGCCCACCGCGCUCAUGAAGACCUGAGGGCCGAGGCAACUCUGGCAUCGACGCUUCAAGAAGUGCAGAGUAACAUCGAGAUCGAUCAGUCGAACUUGGACGAAGAACAGAUACAGCUCAAAGACCAGGUCUUAAAGUUGCACACUGAAGCGCUUGCGAUUCUUGACAUGCUCAACGACAAGUUUAGACAGAGCGAAGAGUUAAAAAACAAAGCUGACACGUUGGUGACUUUUCACAUAAAAGAUUCACAAGAAGCUAGACGAAACUUGGAUCGAGCGAGGAGUUGUGAGGAUGUGGAUCACCGCAACGCACUCGUGGCCGAAAUUGAAGAACUAAUCACGGAUCGGCCGAGAAAGAAGCAUCGCAACAAUGAUAUUCAGGACAAUUGUCCUUCACUUCCGCCGACAGUCAACACAGAUUGA